AUGCUUUUAUUUUAUUCUCAGGGAAUCUAUGAUUUGAACAAUAUGAAGACGACGCUGAAAGGAAAUGAAAAGCAAAGUGAUUCGGGUACCUCGGCACUACAAAACCAGUUUCGUAGUGUUGCCAAAUCCUUAAAGGCAUCGCAGAACGCGACGGAGAAUGCUUUCCGUGCGUAUCUGGAUGUUAACUCGAAAUACGUUCUUGAAGGGGAACCGAUGAAGUGGCUCGCCUGUUCGCUCUACUUCCACACACCGAAUGAUAUGAAAGGUCCACAUGUCAACAGCUCCUUGUCGCUCGCAAACUUACUGAUAACCUUCAAUUCGUCAUUUGGAGGGUUCAUGAAGAGAUGUGAAAACUGGACGGCGAUGAAUUCCCUGAAUGCUGAGAGGAUGUUCCCGGUACUCAAGCAACAAUACGAUGCAUUUAUCGUUUCUAAGCUGAUUUUCCGGUCCUACGAUGAAAUGUUUUGGAAGAUGUUCGUGCCAGGAGCUGAAGUUUCUGAUGCUGCACUCAGCUCAAAGCUGCAAGAUUCGAAAAACGCCAGAAAAAAGCAACCUGGCGAAUUAAAGAAGCCGCCGACGUCGGAAGAUGUUUUCCAAUUUGCUUGGGGGUUAUUCAGCUACAUCAGACAAGAAGAGGGAAACUGUCUGGACAUAGUCUCCUCCAACACUUUGCUGCUUGUCUGCAUCGAAUAUAUAAUCCAAAAUGUGGUGACUGCUGGAUACACUCAUUUGCUCAAUAGAAAUUUCGAUAUGUUCCCCCGAGAAAUAUUCGACUGCAGAGACCCCCCAGCGCUUCUUGAACAACUCUGCAAUCGUUUCAACAGUUUUUUCAAUGACGCACGUGGAAUCAGGUCAAAUGGAUUAAUUGCCCGAUUAUCUAUCCUGAGUGAACGCGAGACAUUGAAGCUCGACAGAUCGCUGAUGGGCUGUUUGAACGAGGAAAAUAUUGCUUGGAAUGUUCACGGCAUAUUUGCUGUCUACUACGAAUCGAAUGAAAAGAUGCGCGGUUAUGAUGACUUACAACUCUUACGAUUACCAAGAAAGUUGUCUUCGUCGUUGCAUUUCGGGGUAGAGCCUUUGUUGGACUCAGGUGCCGUCAUGUAUAGCCCUAGAAAUAUUGUGAACCUCACCCAACGCCGCAGUGAUUCAAAGAGAACCGCAGAAAAUGUUGCAAAUUUGCAAAAUCUGUUGAACGGAUUGACGAGGAGUCCGAGUGAUAAGUUGCUGGAAAAUUUGACGAAACUUAGCAAUGGAUGCGACGUCAGUCUGGAAACAAAGAUAGAUCAGAUUGUUCAGGCUUGUGUUGCCAAAUUCCGGGAACAUCAUGGUCAAGAAAUAUCCGGUGUUGAAGCUCAAGAAACGUAUGCGAUUGCAUUGUACUACAAAGUUUUAGAAGGGCUAAUUGCUGACGAAAAGUCUCGGUUGUCGGACGAUUUGUUGUGUGCUGUGUUGAACGAAACCGUGCUUCAUUUUGCACUUGUAGCGUUGUGCUUCGAACUCGUGUUGUAUUGCACACACGAUGUUCGAUACGCGUUUCCCUGGAUCUUGAAUUCCUUGUCCCUCCCAGCUUUUCAUUUCUUCAAAGUGAUCGAGCUUAUGAUUCGUGUCGAACCUGAUCUAAGCCAUCUUAUGGUCUCACACCUCAAAAAAUUAGAGGAACAAAUUCUGGAAUCCAUGGCUUGGAUGGAUGAUAGUCCGCUUUGGGAGAAAAUUUAUCCGAAAGGGCUCCCCUUGAAAAUUCCCACGUGUGCCGAUGCAUUCCUCCCGGGUCAGUUGGAGGAGAUCGGACGCAAUAUCGUAGCCCAGUACCAGCAGAUUGAGUCGAAAACAGAGUCGAACGGUGUUCCGGAAACAAAACCGGACUCGGAACCAAAGAAAUCAACGAGAAACCACACGAGCGUGGAGAUAUUCUUUCGCAAGUUCUAUUACCUGGCUUAUGUGAGGCUGAACUGUUUCAACGAAUUGUUAGAGAUGAAACCUGGGGACUUAGUGCAGAGGACGUGGACGUGUUUCGAGCACGCCAUUUGCAAUUUCACGCAGAUCAUGCGCGGUCGACACAUGGACCAGAUCCUCAUGUGUUGCAUCUACGUCAUGUGUAAGGUCACUGGGGAAGAGCUGCGAUUUGAAGAUAUCAUGAGGUGUUACCGAACCCAGCGGAAUGCGGCUUCCAUGAUCUACAGAUCGGUAUUGAUCAGACAUCCUGGAGUGCCUGUCACACCAGUCAGUGAGGCACAUGCUGGUGAUCGAGGGGAUAUCAUUCAAUUUUAUAAUGAGGUUUUCGUAGACAAGCUUGGGGGCUUCGCUCAAACCUUUUUUGGCGACCGAAGUGGAAACACGGACGAAUCCUUACAGUAUUUAUCUCCGCGUCCCAGACUUCAGACUGCCAUGUCACCCAGGAAACGCGUGUCCAAAGAAGUAAGGUUGUACGUCAGUCCGUACAAUAACAGAAUCCGUCCACCUUCCCAAAGCCCCGGCAGGGUCCAAUUUCAACUUACAUUAGACCAGCGACUGCCUUCAAAGAACGUGAAGGCGAUCAACGACUUCGUUCAAGAGCCUUUCGUAGUAGCGGAAGGCGGUAAUUUUGAUGAAGAAUUGUCUCAUCCAUUCAGGUACGAAUUGUGCGAUUUCGUUGCGUCGAAAAUUAAAUCUGGGACAAUGGUCGUGAGUCUAAUGUCGGUUUGUGGCAAGUUGCAUAAGGAUUAUGUUGCAUCAACGCCGAAGAGACUCAAGAUCAUUGAUGCAUACCUUCUGUAUGUUUUGCUGACUGGGAUCCUGCAGUUUGUCUACUGCUGUCUGGUUGGCACUUUUCCCUUUAAUUCCUUCCUUUCUGGAUUCAUCUCCACCGUUGGAUGCUUUUCUUUGGCCGUGAAAGAAGGUGUGCAUGGACGUCGAAAGAUCAAGUUGGAACUCAAGCAGAAGACACACAUCGUGAGCGAUCGCAUUCGUAUCCCGGCGAGCAAGAAAUCAACCUCGCAUCCGAAACCAGCUUUCAGCGAAACUACGUCAAAUCCUCCGUCCGUCUCGACAAAGCGGGUGGACGUUGGGUUUAGACUUGAUCCCUUCCCGUUCCCGCCGUUGCCCGGACCUGGACCGACCCCGCGGAACUCCGCAAAGCUUGCUGCAGCCGCAGCUGCUGCUGCGGAAAUUGUCGAGCGGAAACGGAAAAGUAAGACGCAGUCGGAAGGCGCCGGCGUUGGUUCUUCAGAAGAUACUGUCACUUGUGGCGAAGAACCGCCGAAUAACUCCGUUAAUUUGGAUGAAGAGGGAAGUGGAGUGAACGGAGUGAAACCCGGAGCUUCCGCGACUUCGACUGUCGAAGAAGAAUCAAAACGCAUACCACAAGAGGUCGUUGAGAGCGACGAAUCCAGUGGGAGCAGCAGCAGUCGGGAUUCUUCGAAAAAGAGUCACAAGAUCAAAGAACACUUGGCAGGUUCGACGAGUCGUCCUAAAGUUUCGCAAGGAAAAAAGAAGCAGUUACAUUCCGCAAGGGGAAGGAAGGAAACCGAAGAAACUAUGAAAAAGAGGAAAUCCUGCUCACCUGUGUCUAGUUCCGGGGGAAAUGGUGGUCGAGGCGGGAACGCUCGCCGGAAACGUCGCAGUUCAUCGGAAGAUCAAGCUAGUAGACGAUCCCGUGGUGCUAGGAAAAGAAAGAAUGCAUCUAGCGGGAGCUCCCGAAGUUCGUCAAGUUCUAGUUCCAGUUCAACUUCGGGGUCAAGCUCGACCAACUCCAGCAGUUCUUCGUACAGCGACAAAGAUUCUCCGAGAAAGCCUCGAUCUGUUGUGAGAAGCAGAGUUCGUGGGGGUAAUGAUCGCGCCGGUCCGUCCAGGAAUCGCAAUUACGCGAGGACUAAAGUUGUAAAGACGUCGCCGGACCGAAAACGUGUCGAGUCACGGUUGCCUGUGUUCCCCGGUAAAACUGCCGGGUUUGGUGGUAAUCUCAUGAAGAAGGAUGAAUUCAGGAUGAAGGCCUCUUCAUCUAGGACCGAUAGUCGAAAACGAGCCAGGAGUCGCAGUCCAGCCUACAGCCCGGAUUCCAAAUUUUACCGCGACGAAAAAGACGAAGCGAAACCUGUGGCGAAAACUUUCAAGAAGCUGAAGUCCUCUGUGACAAUGUCCAGAUUCCCGGAGACUAAUAACAGAGAUGCGACGCCGCCGUCGACGAAAAGUGGGAAUCGUAGCGGGAGCGCCUCUCCGCCCGCGCCAAGCUCUGUGAGUAAACGGCGGUCUUUGUCGAAGGAAACUGACAAGUCGGCCAGUAGUAGCGGCGGGGGCGUCGGACGGAAAAAUCGGACUUCGGGUACUCCGCCGAUCCUCAAGUCUCCUGCACCCAGUACAGAACCGAGGAAGAAAGAAGGAAAAAGAGCUGGAGAAAAGAAGCUGGGUGAUGAUAAGACCGGUGUUCGAUGGAACACUCAAGGCAAAGAGAAGGAUAAAGCAGCAUCAAAAUCCGGCGCAGGCUCUUCUCGUAGAGCUACGCUUUUAGAGAUGGACCGAGAAUCCAGGCAUGGUCGAAGCAAGCCCGCACGAUCGUCGACGUCAGGUCGCCGGCGUCGGAGUAGCAGCGGAAGCAGCAGCUCUCGGUCCCGGAGCCAAGCUGAUCGACUGAACCGACGUCGCGGGAAAAACGGCAACAGCAACAACAACCCCAAUGAUGACGACGGCGGCAUCGGAUCGGGCAGCAAAAGCGGACGCGUGGCAUCAGCGAGGAGCUUCAAGAGCAAACCUUCAGUCGCUGCCGCCUUGGUCUCAGACCGGGACCCACACGCCCGGUGCGGUGGCGGCGGCGGCAAUGUGCCGGACGUGUGCUACUUGGGAGAGCUGAUGGUAGCGCGGGGAAACGGCCUACAACUUAAGUUUCUGAGGCCUAUGCUUUGGGAUCAUGAUGAUCGCAGCCGAAGAUGGGUCGUUCAUGGACUCCCGCAUCCUUCAGCGCAUUUCCCCGACUUCCCGCCUUACGAAGGCGAGGAGUUGCACAGAAGAGGGCGGCACCGAGGAGCCGAUGGUGGCGGCGCUGGGUCUCCUUACGCGGGCCUGCGGCUCCGUGGGGAACACCGGUUGCUGAAACUACCGCCGCCUCCACCGCACGCGGUGCUGGCACCGCCGCCUCCUGGUGGGUUACCUUCCACCCGGCUGGGCCCGGGGCAGCGCACCCUCGCUCUGCCUUCCGCCGCGAACAGCGCUAACGCUGCCCCGCGGGGGUUGCGAUACAGAAUGGACGCGGGGUUCGGUGAUUUGCCUGGUGAUGAGCUGGGACUCGGACUGGACGUUCUUGACGACCGUCCGAAAAGCAUCGGAAGGAGAGUGAAACGUCGGGAAUCUCCCAAUAUGGAUCCUGUUGGGAAUGAUAAUCAAGACAAACCGCAAGAGGAGGACAAAUCUGCGGCUUUGAGAUGGGUCGUUCAUGGACUCCCGCAUCCUUCAGCGCAUUUCCCCGACUUCCCGCCUUACGAAGGCGAGGAGUUGCACAGAAGAGGGCGGCACCGAGGAGCCGAUGGUGGCGGCGCUGGGUCUCCUUACGCGGGCCUGCGGCUCCGUGGGGAACACCGGUUGCUGAAACUACCGCCGCCUCCACCGCACGCGGUGCUGGCACCGCCGCCUCCUGGUGGGUUACCUUCGUGGGCCGACCCGGGCCCCGUCGCGUGGGAGCGAGACGGAAGGCGGCGCUUGUCGCGAUUGCGACGGGGCGCCCCCAAACACGGUGGGGCCGAUUGGCGAGAGGACGAGAAAAGGUUGCGAUACAGAAUGGACGCAGGGUUCGGUGAUUUGCCUGGUGAUGAGCUGGGACUCGGACUGGACGUUCUUGACGACCGUCCGAAAAGCAUCGGAAGGAGAGUGAAACGUCGGGAAUCUCCCAAUAUGGAUCCUGUUGGGAAUGAUAAUCAAGACAAACCGCAAGAGGAGGACAAAUCUGCGGUUUCGAGAGCUCAAGAGCAAGAACCGCGGAAUCUGAAGCAGCUGGAAGAUGUGAAGCCGAAUGUGGACGUGAAGCCCGAUUCGAGUUGCUUGCCUGACUCGGCUGUGGCCAAAGAUGAGCCGGACAGUGACAUCAAGCCCGCUGUGGCGGAGAAACAAAGCGCGGGAGCGGAUGAGAGUGACAACGAGGGUGUCGUUGGCAUGGGUAUCGGUGUGGAAGAGGAAGAAUGGGAGACCAUAGAUUUCGAGGAAAUCUCUGACGAGGAGCUUACUGCCAACGAAGACGAGCGGGAGGAUGCUUGCGAUGAAAAGAAACCCGCGAUAGCUGAUGUUGACUGGAGUGAGUUGCUGAACGACACUAGGAAGCGUCCCGGAGGUGUACAAGAAAACGGGGACCAUGACGUGAGCAGGAUAUCUGUGAAACGCAGACUCGCGCCUGGGAGAUUAUUUGCCGAGAUCGGCGUUAGUGCAAAAUUUGCGAGUGCUUCGUUAAUCGCAGAAAUCAAAGCCGCCUGUCUGGCCGCUGCCAUUGAAGAUGCUGAAGUUGAAGGAGAGAAUUCUGACGAGAAUUCGAAACCGGAAAGUUUCGAGUUUCUGUCUCCGAUUGCAAGCUUCCAUUCCAUGAAAUUGCGGGAGCUAAAGAUUCGAAAGAAACUGUUCAACUUCGGACGAUCCAAACAAGGAUUAUCUGCGCUGAAGGAUUUUCAGAUCCGGAGAUUUUUGACGAAAGCACCGGAUAUGAAUGACUAUCUGUGGACUUCCAGUCUGAUGAACGUUACCCGAGGUUCCCAGCCAGAUGCGUUUCAAGAGGCUGUGCAAUUGUAUCGCGCAAGGAAUUGUUGAAGGAAACUCGAGCAUUGGAAUGUAUGUGUACUUCUUUUUGUUUUUGUUUUUUUCCUCGUUGAGAACUUGGUUCCGGAUUUUCUUCAUAUUUCUUUUCGAAUGGUUUUCUUUUUCUGUUCAGGGUUUUUUUUCCGGGCGCGUUACGAUGCUUGCUUUUUUGCCAAUGAUUCGUAUUGUCGCUCGGUC